AUGAAGCUCUCUUCAUGGCUGAGUCCAGCCGGCGACCCACCGCGCCUACUACAACUCGGCUUUCUAUUAGCAUCCCUUACACACUCCUCGCAUGGCAUCACUUUCAACUCAAUACCCUCGGCGAAUCUCAACUUGGACGAUCUAGGGAGGACAGCACUGAUAGGAGACUUCGACGGCAUCUCCCUCUAUCAAUUCGAAGGCCAAAACGAGAAUGGAUUCCUCACCAAUGGCAGCCAGUCACUUCAGUCACAAUUUCCCAAUGGAGGUUUUGCGACUUUAGCAUCAGCGGAUGCGGGUAUCCAGGCCAUGUGCCCAUUUGUGCUGCAGAACGGAACGCUCGCGGGGAUUGUGGUAGGAGGUAAUUUCACAAGCUUGGGGGGAAUGCCAUCUUCAGGGGCUGCCAUGUUCGACCCAACUACAUCCACCGUUAUCCCUCUGACGGGAUUAUCUGGACAAGUCUCAGCAUUGCUUUGCGAUCAAGAUACAAAUACAGUGUAUGUUGGAGGUAGCUUCACAGGUGCAAAUUCUACAAAUGCUAUUGCUUGGGUUGGAGGAAGCGGCUGGACAAAUUUACCGUUUGCAGGUUUUAAUGGACCCGUCACAUCCAUUACCAAGGCCGCCAAUAGCCACAUUGUCUUUGGGGGUGGUUUCACAGGCCUAGGAAACUCAUCUGCGCCGACCAAACCGGAUCAACAGAUUGUCAACAUUUCUGGGGCAAACAUCACAUCUGGCUCGUCUACAUCAACGGCGGGCUUUAGCGACCCACAGAAUAUUGUCUGCAAGACGGAUGGUACAGAUGGUUCCGGCAGCACUUGGCUUCUAGCCGAUGAUACUGCAGGCUUCUGGAAAGCAGACUUCGGCUUUGGAUUCCAGCCCACGAGGUUGAGAUUGUACAACACUCACCAAGACGGCAGAGGCACAAAGACGUGGAGAUACACUGCUAUGCCAUUGAAUGGGAUCAUGAACUUCACCUACAUCGAUCCCGCGACUGGCCAAAACGCUUCAUGUUCCUCAGAGUGCCCUCUAAGUAACAACUCGAGCAUGCAAUUCCAGGACUUUCAUUUUGUGAAUUUAGUUGGUAUGGAUAAAUUUCAGAUCGAUAUUUCAGCCUGGUAUGGCGAUGGAGGCGGCUUGAAUGGGAUUGAGCUCUUCGAAAACGACAUCUUUGCUUACGCGAUCAAUGACUUCAAUGAACCGACCUGCGCCGGUAGUCAAAUAGCGUCAAACACAACCUCUACCGGUCCUUGGACUGUGACUCCAUCACACGAAAGUGUGUCGGAGUACUUGACAUUAGCUGUGAACGAUACCACCUCUGCCUCUGUUGUGUUCUUGCCGACUAUCAAACAGUCUGGCAACUAUUCUGUCAACAUAUACACCCCCGGAUGCAAGCAGGACGACAGCUGCUCAGCUAGAGGCCAUGUCAAUGUCACGGGUGUUAUGGCUAGUGGCUCUUCAGCCGCCGGUUUCUCAACGGACAUUUCACAAACUAACAAUUUCGAUAAGUACGACCAGAUAUACUUCGGCUAUGUUGAAUCAGCUACAAGUUCUUUCCAGCCCUCGAUAACUCUCUCGCCAAGUGUUGACCAAUCUACUUCCAAUCUUUCCAUCGUCGCUCAACGUGUAGGGUUUACCCUCAUAUCCUCAACUGGUGGACUGAAUAGCCUUUUCGAAUACGACCCUACCAAAGCAGAGAUUAAUACCGCUGAUUUUGCCAAUUCAACCUUCGAUCAAGCAGGUAUGAGUCUACCGUCAGGAUCAGGAGUCAACACAUUAGCAACUUCAGGAAGCACCACAUAUGUGGGAGGCAACUUCUCGACAGACACAUAUGAGAAUAUUCUUGCGAUUAGUGAUUCGGGUGCGAAAGAGCUUCCUGGUGGCAGUUUGAAUGGGGAGGUCGUCACCUUGCUCUUAAAUGGGACCACACUCUACGCUGGAGGACAGUUCACAAACACGAGUGCUGGGGGAACCAGUGGUUUAAGCCAUGUCGCUGCCUAUGAUACGUCAAAGAAUACCUGGGCAGCUUUAGGGGCUGGCGUCAACGGUGUCGUGAGAACCAUUGUCGCCAUUUCGAUAAAUGUAACUACUGACGUGCCAGAGACUGUGAUAACCCUCACGGGAGAGUUCAACCAAAUCAUUGCUUCUGGAAACAGUAAAUCAAUAGCUGUUACCGGGUUCGCCGUUUGGGUACCGUCUCGAGCCGAUUGGCUCCAAAAUCUGAACGUCUCUACCAUUGCAAUCAACGGAGAGCUCACGACUGCUGUAGAUAUACCAGGUGGUGGAACUCUGUUUGCUGGCUCUCUUUCUUCCUCGCAACUGAACGCCAAUGGUGCAGUAUCGCUUUCGACUUCAUCGAGCCUUAGCACGUUACCCGUGCAGAUUCAGCCAGCGUCAGCGCAAUCAAACAGCUUGACGAAAAGAGCUACGAGCACGAGCAGCCAAAAUGUCACGGGUGUCGUUACUGGCCUUUUUUACGAGAACGGUAAUCUCAAUGUAACGAUUCUUGGUGGGCAUUUCACAGCGACCGGGACAAAUGGGUCUGAUAUCAGCAAUCUUGUCUUUAUCAAUGGCUCAAACUCCGACACAAUAACUGGUGUUGGCUCCGAGAUCUCGAGCGACUCGACUAUUUUAGCUCUGGCUGUACAGGGCGACAAUCUCUAUGCCGGGGGCUCCCUUACUGGAACUGUCAACGGUGGUAAACUAAAUGGGCUUGCUUCAUUCAAUCUUGCCACCUCGACCUUCAAUGUCCAACCCCCAGCUCUUGCCGGAGGCGAUGUUGCUGUCAAUGCCAUUUCCGUACGACCUGGUAAAUCUGGUGAUGUAUAUGUUGGUGGCAAUUUUUCUCAGGCAGGCUCCCUGUCAUGUCCAGGAGUGUGCCUCUUCGCUACUUCUGCGGCUCAAUGGGACCGGCCGGGCGAUAAUCUUGACGGCAUUGCAAACGCUAUGGUCUGGAGCAGUACGAAUUCCCUGAUUGUUGGAGGUGCCCUGUCCGUGAAUGGUGUGAAUGCUUCUCUUGUAACUUACGAUGCUAAAGCCCAGACCUGGGCCGUUGCAGUGGGCGCUGAGACCAUUCCGGGGCCUGUAACUGCACUUGCCGCCGCGAAUAGUGAUGCCUCCCAACUCUGGGUCUCGGGUACCGCUACCAAUGGUUCAACGUUUCUUAUGAAAUUUGACGGUUCAACUUGGAACUCUGUCGGCAACACGCUGGGAAGCGGCACGAGCAUCCGGGGCCUUCAGGUGCUUCCUCUCAGUAAGAAGCAUGCAUCGUCCAACCUAGUACCUGUAGCCCAGGAUGUAAUGAUUACCGGGUCUCUUAAUCUUCCAGGCUUCGGCAAUGCCUCUGCCGCGUUGUUCGACGGGUCAACUUUCCAGCCUUUCGCGCUUACGAGCACUGCUUCCAACACCGGUGGUAGUCUCUCCCAAAUCUUCAUAUCCAAGCAAAAUGUUUUCGCGGCACCACACAAGAAGAUCGCUAGAGGCUUUGUUGUACUCAUUGCCUUGGCUGUCGCUCUUGGCUUGAUCUUCCUGAUAGUCAUUGCCGGUGUCAUCGCUGAACGUGUCCGAAGAAAGCGAGAAGGUUACAUGCCUGCACCGACCAACAGUUACGAUAGGAGCAAUGCCAUGUCACGAAUACGUCCCGAUGAGCUUCUCAGCAAUCUAGGCCAAGGCCGGAGCGGGAUUGAGAAACAAUCAGCAAGGAUAUGA